GAUCCACAACAAUCCAGAGAAACUUUUGAGAAAGAACUCUAUCCACAUCUGGAGAAAGAAUUGUGGGAAUAUACAUGCAGAAGAAAAACACACAAUCGAUCACGUGAUUCGAUGGAGAUAUGACUAAGAUUUUGUCAUUAAAUGAUCACUCUAUUACAAAUAUGAAUAAUUUGGAAAUAGGUUUUGAACAAUGCUACAUGUUUAUAACCCAGUGGAAUUGCUUGUCAGCUACAGAAGGGGAGAGGGAAGAGGGAUGGGAAAGAACAUGAAUCACAGAAACAUGGAAAAGUCUUCUUAAUUAAUUAAUUUUUAAAAAGAAAGAAAAUGUGAAUAUGGCCUAGCUGUACCAGAUUUAAAACUGUAUUAUAAAGUAAUAAUCAAAGCAUUCUGGCACUGGCUAAGAAGCAGAGCAGUGAAUUAGAGGAAUAGAUUAGAUACUGAACACACAGCAGUAAAUGACCAUAGUAAUUUAUUUUUUUACUUUUAACUUCUUAGAAUCAAAACUAAGUAUCACUUCUAAGGCAAAAGAUUAGUUAAAGGCUAACCAAGUCGAGAAAGUAACUGACCCAGGUUUAUCCAGCUAGGAAGUACCUAAAGCCACAUUUGAACCCAGACUUCCCAUCUCUACAGUUGGCUCUCCAAAUAACCAUAAUAAACUAGUGUUUGAUAAAUCCAAAGAAACAAGCUUUUGGGACAAGAACUCACAGUUUGACCACUUCUACCACAUGCCAAUAUAAAAUAAAAAUGAAUAUGUGAUUUAGACAUAAAGGGUGAAACCAUGGGCAUAUUUAGGGAAUCAGGGAAUAGUUUACCAAUCAGAUAUUGGAUAAGAAAAGAAUUUAUGAUCAAACAAUAGAUAGAGAGCAUUAUGAGCUAUAAAAGAGAUAAUUUUGGUUAUAUUAAAUUUGAAGAGAUUUGCACAAACAAAAUCAAAGACACCAAGAUUAGAAGGGAAGCAGAAAGCUGGGAGGUAUCUCUGAUAAAGGUCUCAUUUCUCAAGCAGAGAACUGAGAUAUAUUCACUUUGAAGUGAAGGGAGCAGCACCAGGAGAGCAGUACACAGCAACAGCCACAUUAUCUGAAGGUCUUCACUCUUCUCAGCAAUACAGUGAUCCAAGGCAAGGCCAAAGAACCCCUGAUGAAAAAUGCUGUCCACAUCCAGAGAAAGAACUGAGGGAGUCUGAAUGCAGAAGAAAGUACCCUAUUUUCCACUGUGUUUUCUUCCUGGGUUCUUUUUUAUGAAUCUUCUUCCAGAUCAAUAGCAUAGAUAUAACCUAGAUCAAGUCCUUUAUGGACUCAGGGAGGAGAAAGGGAAAGGAGGGAGGAAGACAAUUUGGGACUUAAAAUUAAAAUUAAAAACCUAGAAAAUGAAUGUUAAUUUUGUUAUGAAUGUUAAACUGAAUGAAUGUUUAAAAUUGCCGUUCCAUAUAAUUGGAAAGAAGAAAAUAUUCUAUGAAAAAACUGACUUCAAUUACUUGCUCAUUUACUUAGCUGUGUGACCCUGGGCUCGAGUCAUUUUAACCUUUCCCUGCCUCGGUUUCCUCAUCUGUAAAAUGGGAAUAAUAAUAGCCUCUAUUUCCCAGGAUCAAAUAAGAGCCGGUUUGGAAAGUGUUUUGCAAAUCUUAAGACGCUCAAAGAAACGCUUGCCGUUUCAGCUGGUGCUCAAAAUGAGGUGAGGUGAGAUGAUUUACUGAUUGAGCCUCUGGAUUCCUUCAGGGUCCAGCACAGGACCUGGCACCGAGCAGGUGCGCAAGACAAGCUCCCCGUCCCGGAUCCUUGGGUCCAUUUCUUUAGCUCCCUACGGGAGGAAGGGAAUUAUUGCUGGAAGAAAGCUGGCAGGGGCUCUGAAGAUGCUCACGGGAAAUCCCCUGGUUUGACCAAGGGGGCUCGCGAGGCGAAGGGACUUGGCCAGAAAAGCGAGCCCAGGGAUUCUGGACGAUCCUGAUCUUCCGGGCCCAUCACUUUCCUCUUCCUUCCUUGCUCCCGUGAAGUCCAGCAGUAAAGUCCCAGCAGGUGCUCAAUACCUGCGCAGAUACCUGGUUAAGAGAGAAGAAGCGGAGAGGGAACAGCGGGGUAGCCCCCACUUGCCCCAACCCCCAACCGGGUGACGUCAUCCCCUGGGCUGCAGCCCCGCCCCUUUCCCGGAGCCCAGUCGGACCUGGGGACGCAGGCGCAGAACGGAAAGGGGGUGUGGCGCGCCCCCCAGUUUGGAUGGGGCUGCUUUGUCCCCUUGGGGGAGGGGGAAGGAGAGAACGAGCGUGCGCGCGCGCGCCGGCCCGUGUUGCCCUGGCUCCCCAGAUCAGUGUCAGCUCGAGGAAGCACAACAGCUUUACUGCAUGCCGGAGAGGCUGCCCAGGUAUCAAAAUUGUGUUUAUGUCAUAAAAGGAAUUUGCCUCCAGAUCUGCAGGAAAGUAAAGAUAAGACUGUGAGAGAAGAUGUCCAUCUAAGAAGUCAUCCCUUUUCCUGAAGGCCUUUCCUCUAGCUGGCUGUGUGUGAGUGAUGCUGAUUAUCCCGCCACUGGAGAAAGGAGAACACUGAGACAAUGGCAAGUAAGAGUGUACCCAGGAUGAAGACCCACAAGGAGAAAGCUCCAUAUCCUCAAGACCACCACAAGCAAGAAGAUAAAAAGAAAAAAGGUCAUAAGAGAAGAGCAGCUGCUGCCAUCCAGUUGGCCAGAAUUCAGGGACUGGUGACCUUCAAAGAUGUGUCUGUGGACUUCUCCCGAUCCGAGUGGAAACACCUCGUACCUGCCCAGAAGGCUCUGUACCGGGAUGUGAUGCUGGAGAACUAUAAGAACCUGGUGUCGCUGGGGCUUCAAACUAUUAAGCCAGAUGUGAUCUCCCGGCUGGAGCAAGGGGAAGUACCAUGGAUUCCAACAAGCCAUGUCCCAAAAGAUUCCUCUCAUCACAAGACUAUCAGUAGAACCAAAAAGUCAGCUCCAAAGCAGGAUCUCUCUGUGAGAGAAUCCUCUAAGAAAAGAGUGACAAAAGAUGACUCGCAAAAGGAUUCAAAGCUUAGGAAAGUUUCAGGAGGCAAUAGCAAAGCAGAGAUUAAGAAAGAAAAGCCAGGAAAACAAUCCAAGAAUGAAGCACUUAGUCACCAACAAAAGCACCAAGCACCAAAAAUCACCAAUGAGUCAAAGGCCCAUAAAUGCAAUACAUUUGACAGAAAAUGCAGCCCAGUUUCAAUACCUACUUCACGGCAGUCAGUUCCUACAGCAACAAGUGUCCAUAAAUGUCAUAUAGCUAGAGAAAGCUUCUUCAAACAGCUUUCUGAACUAAUUAAACAUAGCAAAAUCUCAUUUGGGAAAAAUAUUUGUAAGUAUAAUAACAAUAAGCAACCUUUUGGUAGCCACACAGAAUCUACUAAAAAGCCUGAAAAACGUAAUGAAGAGAAACUUGGUAAAGAUAAAUGUGGGAAGGACAACAUGCCCAGGAAACCCCAUACUGAACAUCAGAAAAGUCACACUAAAAAUAAACGCAAUAGAUGUAACGAAUGUGGGAAAACCUUCACACGAAGCACAGGACUUUCUGAACACAAGAAAAUUCAUAGUGGAGAGAAACCCUUUGUGUGUGAUCAGUGUGGGAGAGCCUUCACAGCAAAGGGAAGACUUAAUGAACAUCAGAAAGUUCACACAGGAAAGAAGCCUUAUAAAUGUCAUGAAUGUGGGAAAGCCUUUGCUAUAAGAGGGCGGCUUAACGAACACCAGAAAGUUCAUACAGGAGAGAAGCCCUAUGAGUGUAAUGAAUGUGGAAAGGCUUUCAUCCAGAAGGGUACACUUCUUGAACAUCAGAAUGUCCACACUGGAGAGAAACCCUAUGAAUGUAAACAGUGUGGGAAAGCCUUCAGACAGAGGGGACAACUUUAUGAACAUCAAAAAAUUCAUACUGGAGAGAAACCUUAUAAAUGUAAUGAAUGUGGGAAAGCUUUCUUAGGAAAGGGACGACUCACAGAUCAUAAGAAAAUCCAUUUAAGAGAGAAACCCCACACAUGUAGUGAAUGUGGGAAAGGCUUCGUCCAAAGGUCACACCUUUUUGACCAUCAAAAAAUUCAUACAGGAGAGAAACCUUAUAAAUGUAAUCACUGUGGGAAAGCUUUUAUAAAGAAGGCACUACUCAUUGGGCAUCAGAAAAUUCACACUGGAGUGAAACCUUAUGAAUGUGAAUAUUGUGGAAAAGCCUUCACACUGAAAGCACGACUGAAUGAGCAUCUGAAAAUUCAUACUGGAGAGAGACCUUAUGAAUGUGAUCAGUGUGGGAAAGGCUUCAUAGUGAAGGCACGACUUAUUGAGCAUCUGAAAAUUCAUACUGGAGAAAAACCUUUUAAGUGUGCUGAAUGUGGGAAAUCCUUCACACAGAGUGGACAACUUACUGAACAUCAGAAAAUUCAUUCUGGAUUAAAGCCUUUCAAAUGUAAUCACUGUGGGAAAGCCUUCACACAUAAAGGACGACUUGGUGAACAUCAGAAAAUUCAUACUGGAGAGAAACCCUUUGAAUGUAGUCAGUGUGGCAAAGCCUUCACACAGAGUGGACAACUUAAUGAACAUAAGAAAAUUCAUACUGGAGAGAAACCCUUUGAAUGUAGUCAGUGUGGCAAAGCCUUUACUCGAAAGGAAAGACUUAGUGAACAUCAAAGAAUUCAUACUGGAGUGAUACCCUAUGAAUGUAGUGAAUGUGGGAAAGCCUUUACACGGAAGGAAAGACUAAGUGAACAUCAGCGAAUUCAUACUGGAGCAAAACCCUUUGAAUGUAGUGAAUGUGGAAAAACCUUCAGUCGUAGGACAUCCCUUUUCUAUCACCAGAAGACUCAUCGUAAAUAAAAACGUUACUAAUGUGAGAAAAUCUUUGGCCAUAGGAUAUCCCAUGUCAUCAGAGAAGUCUUACUAAAAAAAAAAAAAGGCCUAAGUAUAAUGAAUGUGGGAGAUCCCUCAAAACUUAAGAAACAUAAAAUAAGUUGUAACAGAGAAUCUAUGAAUUAAGACAUAUGAAAUAUAAUUUUAUCAUCAAAGAAUUCACACUGAAAAGAAACCAAAUGGAUAUAAUGGAUAUGGUAAAGCAUUUAGCAACAAUUCAAACCUUAAGAGCCAUCAAAAAAACUAUAAUGAAAAGAAAUCUAUGAAUACAGUAAAUGAAAGUCAUUGGCAACAACUUUAGUGGUAGAAAUUAUCUGUGAAUUCAUCCAUUCAUACAAAAAACGAGUGCUAUGAAUAUGUGAUACCCUUCAAACAAAUGAUGGCUUAUUAAAUAUUAGAAAAUUCAUGCUGGAGAAAAACCCUAUAGACAUAAUGGUUUCCUAAUUUUGUGCUACUCUUGCAACCCUGGUAUGAAUCCAAUUAGAACAUAAUGAGUAGUUUUUUCAGUAUAUAGUUACAGCCUCUGUUAAAUGUUAUUUAAUUAUUUUGCAUCAAUAUAGUACUUUUUAUUUUUCUUUCUCUGCUUAAUCCCUUCCUGGUUUGGGUAUCAGAACCAUUUUUGCUUCAUAAAAUGAGAUUGUUAGAGUGCCUUCUUUAUUAUUGAGAAAAGUUUUUUAAUUGCUCCUUAAUUUUUCUUAGAAUUUAUCUACUAUCCAUUUGAACCAAGAAUUUUCAUUUGGUAUGUCAUUUAUGGCUCAUUCACCUUCACUUUGUAGGACUGAGUUAUCUGGAGUCUCUUUUUUGUUUGUUUUGGUAAUGUGAUUAAUUUAUAUUUCUGUAGGUGAUCCAUUUUAAUUCUUGAUUUUUCCAGCAUAUUUAUUAUGUUUGGUUGUUUAUGAUAAUGUUUUAUCUGUUCAUUAUAAAUUCACAUUGGUUAUUCUCAUUUUGAACAUUUGAUUUUCCUCUCUUUUUUGUCAAUAUAUUUAAUGGCUUAAUUGCUAAUAUUUGUUCUGAUUUGUGAUUUCAUUAGUAUGGGAAACUCCCAAUAUAAAAACUCUUUCUACCACUGCAAAUCAGCAAACUUUCUGUAGAUUACAAUCUUCAAGUGGCUUAGAGUCUUGAAGAGGUUACAUUUCUUGUCCAAGAUCAUAUAAACAGUGUGUACCAGGAGGCAAAUGUUGAACCCAGCUCUUCCUGCUCCAGCCUUUUGUUCUAGCUGCAUUUUUGGUUCUGUUAUUUUUCUUUCAUUGGAAAACAUCUCUAAUUACUUUAGUGCAUUCUCAUGUGGCAUUAAAAUUGAGACCUUUCAUCAUCUUGGUUGUUUUCCUCUACAUAUUAUAUUAUUUCUUCCUCUUUGCACAGUUACUUACUUUUUAGCAUUAUUGUAAACCUCUAAUACUAAUCAUUUUUUCUGUAUCAUCAUACAUGGCUAUUCAUUUCUACACUUUUUAGUGUAAGAGUUGUGUCUGGGCACUUUUCUUACUCUUUCCUCUUCUGUCUUCAGAUGAACCUCCUUGGUAUCAGAUAAAGAUUUCCCCAAAAAUAUGUUCUUGAAGACCCUGGUAUUAGUCCUUACUAGAUGCAGUCAGUCUUUCAUUUCUGCAUCUUGAAUCAUGAUAUCAAAAGUCAAACUCCAUUGCUGAUCAUUGUCUAUAGUCUCCUUUCUCUACCAUAGCAGUCUUCAUUUGGAAGUAGCAAAGGAAAAGGAAAAAAAUAAUAAAGUAAAAAAACCACAACAAAACCCUUCUCCCCAUAGUACAUUUCAACAAAUAACUUAGUAAAACCAUACAUUUAUUAAGGGCCUACAUGGACCAAAAGGUAAACAAAUAAAUAUUUGAUGCAAGUUCUAUACUCAAAGAGGCUAUAAUCUAAUGGGGGAAGGUUGGGUAUUUACCAAUAACAAUGAAAGAGGGCAAAUGAGAGGUCUAGACAAAGUAUUAAGAGAGCUUGAAGGAGAGAUCACUUUCACCCUAAUGACAAAGAACAAUCAAAGAAGGCUUCACUAGGGGGUAACUAGGUAGUGCAGUUGAUAAUGUGCUGAGCCCCAAAGGCAGGAAGACUUAAAUUUAAAUCUUGCCUUAAGACACCAUCUGUGUUACCUUGGACAAGUCACUCAACUUGUCUGCCUCAGUUUCCUCAACUGUAAAAUGGGGAUCAUAAUAGCACCUACCUCACAGGGUUGUUGUGAGGUUCAUAUAAAAUAAUAUUUGUAAAGUACUUUGCAAACCUUAAAAUAUGAUAUAAGUUCUAGUUGUCAUGUUUCAUAGAGGAGGAGGUAUCUGAAUUGAGCCUUGAAGAAAAGUGGUACUUAAAGAGUUGGACAUCAGUGGGGACAAGGAACAAGUUCAUUCCCUGGACGAGAAUCAAGUCAUGAAGAUGCAAAAGUACAAAAUGAGAAUGGGGCCUGAAACUUAAUUCAGCUUGGUGGGGAUAUAAGGUGCAAAAAGGGGGACAGGAUGAAAUAGGACUGGACGAGCAGGUUAGAACCUGAUUGUAAGUUACCUUGAAUACCAGAAUCAACAAUUCAGCAAAUAGUGGGCAAUCACUGAAAGCUUUUGAGUAGAAGUCAGAUCACCUCUGUCUUUAUUAUUUAUGCAACAAGGUAGACAAUUACUUGGUGAAGAAGUAGCCAAGAAUCAGGAUGACCAGUUGGGAAGUGACUAGAGUUUUCUAAAAAGGAGAGCAGCCACCUGAGAUGCGACAGAUUAUUGGCACAGUGGAAAGAGAAUGGCUUUGGUGAUUCCCAUGCAGCUUCUCAACCAGAAGGCUGGAGAAUAGGAAUCCAAGCCACUUGGACUCAUUACUGUGCAAUAGUUGCAAGAGCAGAUUGUAGAGUUCAAAGAAGAUGCUCUGACAGAGAUGGCAAAGGAAUCAAGUUCUACAAUGAGGUCACUUGGGCAGAACUUGUCAGCAGCUGUGUUGUAGGAGAUGGUUAUUGAGGUGGAUAUUGACAUAAUCACAAUUAAUUUGUGUUUUAAAUUUUUCUUAUGAAUUUAAAUAUCAACAAAAUAUUUCAAUAGCUAAAAAAGAUAAUCCUAUAUGAAACUGUGUAUUCCUACGUAUACUUUGUUUAUCAUGAGCUCUGUAGAAUUUCUGAUAAUGAUGGAAGAGAAAAAUGGAAAAAAAUUAGAGGAACAUUCAGGUAUUUCAUCAGGAAAAGAAGGGCUAACUGGUACAGCAAAACCUGAUCAUAUAGUACCAAACCUUAGAAAGAAGUGAAUACUGUGAUGAAAGGCUCCAAGAAGCAAAUGUGGACCAUGUUGGUCAAGUAAAUCAUGAAGAAUUUCUACGACAAUGGCAACAAAAUGAAGACAUUGUAAGGAACAUGCUAAAUUUCUUGUAUGGAAUUGUUUAUUUGUCUUUUCUCUGUGAGUUAUCUGUAAAAGGUUCCCCCCAUCUAAAUUCAAAAUAAUGUGUAUAUGUAGUAAUUAAGACUUUGUUCCUCAGUUGUCUCCUUUCUUCUUGUUACUGUCACUGACUUGAUAUCUUAUUUGGGAAAACUGGUCAAGUAAAUGUUGCUUUGGCUUA